AUGGCUGUCAGUCGUAUGUCGAAGGGCGCACGUGAGAUAAUUGCGGAAAUGCAUGCUAUGAUAUCUGCGCUAUGCUCCAUGGACUCCAUUAUCGACGAAGGGAUGAGUGAUGUGGAAAGAUCCGCGAAAUUAUCACAAGGCGCGUUUCUUGCUACGAAACAAAAUUGCGAUGAUCGAGGGCUCUACACUAUGUGGGAGAUAAUCCUGUCAAUGUCGUGGGUCAUAUUAUGUCAUCUUUUUGAACUCCUUUCUGCUGUUGUUUAG